UUUUGAUGAGAUCAGUAGAGCAAAGUCUUUCAUGGAGAAGGACUGAGCUCGUCUUUUUCGGUCUCUUAUGCUCUGUGAUUUUUCCUCACACCCACUCCCAGCAAGACCAGAACCAGCAUUGCAAAAUUAUGCCGGGUUCUAUAUCCCUGCCUGUACUUGAGAAAAAAGGAGAUAUCAUCUUGGGGGGACUCUUCUCCCUCCAUGAUAUGGUGGUGGAACCUAGUCUGUCCUUCACCUCUACACCUCCUCCCACACAGUGCACCAGAUUUAACUUUCGAACAUUUCGUUGGAUGCAAACUAUGAUCUUUGCCAUUGAAGAGAUCAAUAGAGAUGGCAAACUACUUCCCAACAUCACACUGGGCUAUAAGAUCUAUGAUUCAUGCAGUACACCCCAUCAGGCUCUGAAGGCUGCCAUGGAGUUAAUGGGGAGUGAGAACAAUUCAGGGGUUGAAGGAAAAAUGCAGAGUAAAAUCAACUGUCAUGGCACUGUACCAGCAGUGAUAGGAGAUGGAGGCUCUACUCAGUCUCUUGUAGUGGCCCGUUUCCUUGGAGUCUUCAAUGUGCCACAGGUAAGUUAUUUCUCCAGCUGUGCCUGCCUGAGUGACAAAAAGGAGUUUCCUGCCUUUUUAAGAACCAUGCCCAGUGACUUCUUUCAGGUAGAUGCACUAGUACAACUUGUUAAGCAUUUUGGCUGGACUUGGGUGGGUGUGAUUGCUGGAGAUGACGCCUAUGGUCGUGGUGGAGCAAACAUCUUUGCUGAUGAGGUUAAAAAGUUAGGUGCUUGUGUUGCCUUCCAUGAGAUCAUCCCUAAGAACCGAGCACAGGCUGCCAUUUCAUCUGUCAUUUCCAAGAUCCGCUCCUCUGGGGCUCGGGUGAUUCUUGUGUUUGCUGUGGAACAAGAUGCAGCUGCAUUGUUUGAUGAAGUACUCAGAGAGAGGCUCACUGGGAUUCAGUGGCUGGCCAGUGAGGCCUGGAGCACAGCUGCUGUCCUGUCCACCCCCAAAAAGUACCACCACCUCCUUCAGGGUUCAAUGGGAUUUGCCAUUCGACGAGCACACAUCCCUGGAUUGCAAGACUUUCUGCUUCGCUUGCAUCCCUUGACCCCAGACGCCCUUAAAGAUCCCUUUCUGAAAGCCUUCUGGGAAGAGAUAUUUCAGUGCACCCUGAGUGUGCAGGCUGAAGGUCAGCAACAUAAUGCUGAGGGCAAACCCCUAUGCUCUGGAGAAGAACAGCUAGGAAGCGUGAAGAAUAUCUAUUCAGAUGUGUCACAACUAAGGAUUUCCUACAAUGUCUAUAAGGCAGUGUAUGCCAUCAUCCAUGCUCUCAAGGCUAUGAGAAGUUGUGUUAAAGGAAAAGGACCGUUUCCUCUGCAGGCCUGUCCUGAUGUAGAUAAUAUACAGCCAUGGCAGCUACUUCAUUACAUAAGACAGGUGGAGUACCUGAACUUAUAUGGUGAUGAAAUCAAGUUUGAUGAGAAUGGUGACCCUGCAGCAAUGUAUGAUCUGGUAAAUUGGCAGCUGACAUCAAAUGGAAACAUGGAAUUUGUCACUAUUGGCAAAUCUGAUGAGACAGCCACAGUUGGAAAGAAAAAGCUCCAGAUACAGGAACAAAAUAUUGUAUGGAAUGGAAACCAAACCAAAGUUCCCUUGUCAGUAUGCAGCAACAUUUGUCCCCCAGGUACCCGUAAGGCAAUCAGACCUCAGUUCCCUAUCUGCUGCCAUGAUUGCGUGGUUUGUACAGCUGGGGAGAUUAGCAAUCAGACUGAUGCCAUAGAGUGUGUGCGCUGUCUGCCAGAGUUCUGGUCCAAUACUGAGAGAACAGCCUGUAUCCCAAAGCAGGUGGAGUUCCUCUCCUUUAAUGACACCAUGGGCAUCACCUUGAUGGCUAUUUCACUCACUGGGUCGUUCUGCACCUGUGUAGUGGUCUUCAUAUUCUGCUUUCACAGAACCACCCCCAUCGUCAGGGCCAACAACUCUGACCUGAGCUUCCUGCUGCUCUUCUCCUUGACUCUGUGUUUCCUGUGUUCUCUGACUUUCAUUGGCCAGCCCUCUGAAUGGUCCUGCAUGCUGCGCCACACAGCAUUUGGGAUUACCUUUGUCCUCUGCAUCUCUUGUAUUCUGGGGAAAACUAUUGUGGUGCUAAUGGCCUUCAAAGCUACACUUCCAGGCAAUAAUGUCAUGAAGUGGUUUGGACCUGCACAGCAAAAGGCAUUCAUUACCUGCAGUACGCUGAUCCAGGUAAUCCUCUGCACAGUGUGGCUGGUUAUUGCUCCCCCGACAACACGCCAAUUGAUGCCACGUGAGAGUGCAGUCGUCAUUCUUUUGUGUGACGAAGGUUCAUCCAUCGCAUUUGCUCUUGUUUUGGGAUACAUUGGCCUGUUGGCAUGCAUUUGCCUCCUCUUGGCCUUUAUGGCAAGGAAACUUCCCGACAACUUCAAUGAGGCCAGAUUCAUCACCUUCAGCAUGCUCAUUUUUUGUGCAGUUUGGGUAGCCUUUGUUCCUGCCUACAUCACCUCUCCAGGGAAGUACUCGACAGCCACAGAGGUGUUUGCUAUCUUGGCCUCCAGUUAUGGACUGCUGGGUUGUAUCUUUGCACCAAAGUGUUACAUAAUCCUACUAAGACCAGAAAAGAACACAAGGAAACACAUGAUGUCCAAAGUUGCCACUGACAAAUUUUAGGAGAUCUUUAUUACACGUAUAUUUUAUUUGUUGACUUCUUUUACUGUCUUUUUAAUAAGAUAUGUUGAAUUCACUUAAUUUCAUCAAAAUGUGUAUUUUUGUGAGAAAAAUAAUGUAAGUAAGUGGUUGCAGAG